GCCUCGGAGCUGCCCGCGCCGGGCGGAGCCUUAGCGGGCGGCCCCGGGAGCGGCAGCGGCUGCGGCGUGGUGGUCGGCGUGGCCGAGGUGAGAAACUGGCGCUGCUGCUGCCUCGGCAGCACCUGUUGGUGCAGGAGCCUCGUGCUGGUCUGCGUGCUGGCCGCGCUGUGCUUCGCUUCCCUGGCCCUGGUCCGCCGCUACCUGCAGCACCUCCUGCUCUGGGUGGAGACCCUUGACUCGCUGCUGGGGGUCCUGCUCUUCGUGGUAGGCUUCAUCGUCGUCUCGUUCCCUUGUGGCUGGGGCUACAUCGUGCUCAACGUGGCUGCCGGCUACCUGUAUGGCUUCUUACUGGGGAUGGGACUGAUGGUGGUGGGCGUCCUCAUCGGGACCUUCAUCGCCCAUGUGGUAUGCAAGCGGCUACUGACCGCCUGGGUGACCACCAAGAUCCAAAACAGUGAGAAGCUGAGCGCCGUUAUUCGCGUCGUGGAGGGAGGAAGCGGCCUCAAAGUGGUGGCCCUCGCCAGACUGACUCCCAUACCUUUUGGGCUCCAGAAUGCAGUGUUCUCGAUCACUGAUCUCUCCUUACCCAACUAUCUGAUGGCGUCUUCGGUUGGACUCCUUCCUACUCAGCUUCUGAAUUCUUACUUGGGUACUACCUUGAGGACAAUGGAAGAUGUCAUUGCAGAACAGAGUGUUAGUGGAUAUUUUGUUUUUUGUUUACAGAUUAUUAUAAGUAUCGGCCUCAUGUUUUAUGUAGUCCAUCGAGCUCAAGUGGAACUGAAUGCAGCCAUUGUAGCUUGCGAAAUGGAAAUGAAAACCUGUCUGGUUAAAGGCAAUCAACCAAAUACCACUGGCUCUUCCUUCUACAGCAAGAGGACCAUCGCAUUGUCUGGGGGUGGAAUCAACAUUGUAUGACUCUAAGGAAAUGUGUGAUUUUCAAGAUCCCAGUGUGCUGUCUAAAGUCUAUCAGUCACCUUACUGGUAGGCAGAGACAAGUUCUAAUUGUAUUACGGCACAAACAAAACUGGUUAGUUUUUUACCUUGCACAAUUUUUUAAAAGCAAGAAUCCUUUUCUGGAUAUGUAAGUGUAAAUGUAGAUGCAAUUUUGGCUGCACCCCUUUAUCAUUUGUAUGCCUGUGAUGGCCUACAGGUCUGCACUUUAGUGAUUUUUUUGUUUUUUUAAUUAUUUUCUUUCUGGGAACUUACAGAGAAAUAACCCAAAUAUUUUUCUGCCUAAAGUCUUUAUUUAUGAAAUCCAUGAAUAGUUAUAUGCAUCUUUCCUACUUAGAAUGAGUAAACAUACAUGUUUUUAAUUGUGUAAUCUUACUAGGUGUUCUUUGCUUUUCAUAGUCUUUCCAGAAAGGAUAAUCAGUGUUUUUUGUUUUGUUCUAUUGCUUUAAAAGUGGGACCACUUUGCUUCCCUUCUCCUUACUAGACAGACAUUAACUUUUGGUUGAAUGUAUAUUUGCAAGCAUCACAUUGUUGCAGGGUCAUUUACACAAGCUUAAAUCCUACAUUGUGGGACUGAAGUGCUCUUAAGAUACCUUUUUAUUUUCACUGUGUAAUAUGCAAAGCAAAAGGGAAAUUAUUUAAUGGGUGGUGGCCCAAAUUAGAACCUGCGUUCUAAUUUCAUUGCAUUGGCUUUACCCUUGUUAGAUCUUUCAUCAAAGGGCUGUCCCAUUGCAGUCUUACUAAAAACAUUUUAUUAAAAUGAACUACUUUUUCUUUUUAUAUUCAAAAUUAGGCUUUGAAAUAAAGAUAUCAUUUCUUUGAAAUGGUGGGCUUUACCAUCAUUGACGAUGUCACUCAGGUGGCCUUGUUUGAUCAACACGCCUUUUCAAAAAACCAAGCUUUAAAAUCAUGUGUGUAAUUCCAUUAAAGUACAUAUAUAUUUGUCCCCAUAGUCUUUAGCUUUAAAGUGUAAAUGUAAUGCUAAUUCAAUCCCCAGAUUAGUAUUACUUAUCCUACCAUAGAGUAGAUUUACUUUGUUUUUGGUACUUGUUUUCUCUGGUAAGACUCAGGAAUUCUGAAAUGUGAAGUUAUUUCUCCUGUAGCAUGAAUUGAGCAUAUUUAUUAAUAGCACUUAGGAAUAUAGCAUACACAAAUUGGCACAUGAUUCACAGAUGGCAUAUGUAUUAUUCAUUAAUCACCCUGCUUUUUUAAAGUAAUUUCAUUGCAAAUUUAACAAUUAUUGUUACAACCAAAAUUAUAGAUAAUGAGAAUUUUCUAAUAACUAUCUCUUUCUUGGCUUUGAAGAUUCCAGCUUAUCAGAGACCUCCCACUUGCCUUUUCCUUAGGGUAAAAACUUUGCCUUGAUUUAUUAAAGUAUAAUACAGUAUUUUGGAAGCAGGUUUAUCUAGCCUUAUGCUAGAGGUGAUCAUUUUAAUGUAGGUGGUUUUUGAGUUUUUUAAUUGUCUUAUUGCAGAUGCUAUUAUUCUUUUCUUUUGCAAUGCAUAAGUAUCUUUAUCCAUACCAAGAGGACCACAGUGCAAAUGAUCUAAAGGGACUUGCGUCUAUACCACAUAAUUGGCAUCCAAACCUUUCUUUCUUUUAUAUUGGUAGAAAAAUUGCAUAGCGUUGGAAUAUUCUUAGUUUUUUUUCAAAAUCUAAUUACAUGCUUAAUUGUGUUUUUAAAUGGUUUUAGCUUAACAAUCCCACUGAACAAUACAUUUGGUUAUUUUCUAACUUGACAAUAUUUAUCUUGUGCUUUCUUGUUUGUUGGUUAGUUUUGUUAAAGAAAUCAUUGAGAUCACUACUUUCAUAGUUGGGAUAGUUCAUGUAUUUUGAAGUACAUUUAUUUACUUAGCAUUUUGUAACUUGAAUAAUUUCACCAAAUGAAUACCUUUUGGUAGCUUGUAAUGAGUUCUUCCAGUUGUUGCAUUUUGCUUGGUAAUUUAAAUAAAUAUUUAAAGGCAAAACAAUUUUUCUGUAUUCUGCCA